CUAUGCUGGUCGGAAAGGAAGUGGAUACGUGCUCCAUCGCGGACUUCCUUUCUCGUGUGGUGUCUCCAUGUGAGUUUGGGGCAGCGAAGAGCGGUAUAGGGGUUCCCAAACAAAACAAAUAUAAAAAAAAACACUCUGUUUUAAAACGUUUUAAUUUCGACGAUGGAGGAUUUUGAAGAGGAGUCGGCGUCGGGUUCAGAGUCAGAGGGAAACGACUCUGUCAUGUCAGACGGAGAGCUUCAAGAAGCUUUCGCUAAAGGUCUGCUCAAACCGGGCCUGAACAUCCCCUUAGAAGCCAGGAAGAAAGUGGUCAACAACGUGGAGGGUUUGAAGCAGUGCCUGGCAGACUUCAAGAAGGACCUGGCCUGGGUGGAGAGGCUGGACUUGACCAGCCGGCCCCUGCCUGACAUCGUGGCCAAGGCAGACGGGAAGCUGACCACGCUGGACAGCGGAGAGAUCCAGGCUGAGGACGACUUCCAGAGGGAGAUGUACUUUUACCGACAAGCCCAGGCAGCUGUUCUGGAAGCGUUGCCGCGGUUAAAGAAAUUCAAUAUUUCUACUAAGAGACCCGAGGACUACUUUGCUGAAAUGGCCAAAACCGACCAUCACAUGCAGAAGAUCAGAACCAAGCUGAUGGCCAAGCAGGCCUCCAUGGAGAAGUCGGAGAAGGCUAAGCAGCUACGAGAACUCAGGAAGUAUGGCAAGAAGGUUCAAACUGACGUCCUGCAGAAGAGACAGAAGGACAAGAAAGCCAUGAUGACGGCUGUGAAGAAAUACCAGAAAGGAAUGACUGACAAGCUGGAUUUCAUGGACGGGGAUCAGGAAAAGGGCAAGAAAGGGGCAUCUGGAGCUGCUGGACCAAACGCAGCGAAGAAGAAGCGAGGACCCAAUGCCAAGAGGCAGUACAAGGACCAGCGGUUCGGAUUCGGAGGGAAGAAGCGAGGCUCCAAGUGGAACACAAAGGAGAGUCACGACGACAUGUCCGGGUUCCGAUCCAAAGCGGCGCACGGGAAGUCUGGCAAGAACUUCGGGAAAGGAGGGAAGCAGGGAGCGAGCAAGAGACCUGGCAAGAAUGCACGGAAAAAGAUGAAGAACAGAUCUUGAUGGAAGCCUUGCUCUGUUUUGUGAUCAGGACUCCCAGCUCAUGUUUCCACAGCCUUGCUCUGUUUUGUGAUCAGGACUCCAAGCUCAUGUUUCCACAGCCUUGCUCUGUUUUGUGAUCAGGACUCCAAGCUCAUGUUUCCACAGUGUGGGUGCUCUCUCUUAUGUUUUGUUUGUUAGGGUUGAAAGAUGUGCCUUUGAGAGACUGAUAGAACUGGAGUGUGUGGACUACCUGUGUGGUGGCUUUAUGGGAACCCUGUAAUCAGUGGUUCAGUAUAUUUGUGCAGGUUUCUACAUCUACCUAGAAUUUGCUGUUGGACACAGUCCAGUGUCACGUCCUAACUGAGCCAGGUUGGAGAUUGUCCCGACUGCAUUUCAGUGAGUUCUCCAAAUUUGGUGGCCAGAGCCCCUUUUUUUAAUUUUUUUUUUUGUUAUCUCCCCCCCCCCCCCCAAUUAGCAAAGUCCCAUCGUUACAAUGUAAUAUGUUGUCUAUUGUUCUACAAUGUGAAGCCAGUGUUCACAAACCCAUGUGACUGCAAGCCUUGUCCAUCAUUGGUUCUUUGGUCCUGUGUCCAUAGCUAAAGUAACGAGCACAGUCCUGUCCAGUGUCUUAUCUAGUGAUUGAUUGACUGCCCCUGCCCCCGUCCUGUUUGUUUAGGACUGCCUUGCUGGUAUCACGGGAGAGAGUGGCUGUGCAGCACAAGCAGUGAGCAAGCCCCUGCUGAAUCGGCAGGGAACAGCUUAGGGGCUUCUCUCUUUUUCUCCUAAUUUGUGGUCUUACCUUCCAGUUGGUAAUCAAUUGAAGACAUACAGACAUCACAAGUAAGCGUAUACGAUUCAGAGCUGACACACACCUGAUUAUUUGAGUAAAUAAUCUUGACUAGGUGAAGUGGCUGAAACGACCCGUCUGCACGUUGAAUCUAUUUUUAUUAAAUGUACCAACCAAGUGUAAAUAAACACACAAUGAAAGGUCA